AUGACCGGCUGGCUGCUUGGAGGAACUGGCCUCGUCUUUACCUCUCCAACCAACAUGGGCGCCAUUAAAAAUGGCCUGUCCUGCGCUGUCACGCAAAGACAGACGCCGGCCCGGCGGCUCCCCCUUUCCACCGUCAAGGUCCUUCUGCCGUCCCUCUCUGUCUUGGCAGAUGACGACUGGGGGGUCCUUGUUCUUUAG